AUGUCAAUGAAGUCCUACAGGAUACUUAUCGUGCUAGUGGUAACGGUAAUCCAGGAGAUCCAGAGUCAGUGCACCAAUUCUUCUUACAGAUCGUUUGAUGGAACCUGUAACAACAUACAAAAUCCAACAUGGGGAUCGGUAAAUACACCGUUCUCCCGCCUUAUACCCGCGAACUACGGCGAUGGAAAAUCGAGCCCUCCAGUAGCGCAAGACGGUAGUGACCUGCCGAAUGCUCGGCUCCUUUCAGUCGAAGUGUUCGAAGAGGAAGAACAAAACAGUCCGUAUUUCGCUCUAGUCAAUAUGCAGUUUGGACAGGUUGUGGCCCACGAUAUGGCAUUUGCACGCGGAGUUUUCGAUCCGGUUACAUGUUGCGCGAGUGGUCGUCUCCAACCAAAUCUUGGAUCAAGAUGUAUUGCCAUACCAGUGUCAGACCGGGAUCCUGUUUUCUCUGCCCGAGGAAUAGAGUGUUUGAAUAUGGUCCGUACAACAACUACCUGUGAUCUAAAUACUAACUGUACACAGGCUGAACAGAUUAACUCCGUUACCUCGUUCCUGGACCUAUCCAUAGUGUACGGUAAUAGUGCCAAUGAAUGCAAUCAGCUGCGAACGCUGGAUUCGGGGUUGUAUAAAGUUGAACAACGCGUUGGACAGGAAUGGCCUCCGAGGCAUCCAAACGCUUCCAUCACUUGUAGCCUGCGCACCCCAGCCGAAUCAUGUUACCGUACCGGUGAUGGUCGAGCUAACCAAAGCCCACACCUAGCUAUGUUACAUAUCACUUUUGUGAGAGAACAUAAUCGCAUUGCAAGAAGAUUGAAGACACUCAAUCCAACUUGGGAUGAUGAGAAAUUGUUCCAAGUAGCUAGGCGCAUCAACAUUGCUCAAUAUCAACAUAUCGUGUACUACGAAUGGCUUCCAGGUCUACUUGGCCAAAACUACAUGCAGAGUGUUGGACUCCAGUACCAGACGACUGGUUUCAGCAACGAUUACAAUCCCAAUGUUAAUCCAUCGGUCAUUAAUUCUCAUACAACGGCCGCAUUCCGAUUUUUCCACUCGUCCAUUCAAGGCACUUUGAAAUUCUACGAGGAAAGUCGAAAAUCGUUGACAAAGAUUGACAUCAACGACCACACGAAUAACCCCACAAUCUUGGAGCAAACAUCGGAUCGGUACCCCGAUCUCUUGCGCGGAAUGACCACACAACCGAUGGGAUUGAACGAUGCCAGCUUAGACCCGGCGACCAAGCAUUUCCUCUUUAGAUUCAACAAUAUGUUUGGCGUCGACCUAAAGGCUCUCGAUAUACAGCGUGGACGCGAUCAUGGUCUACCAGGGUACAAUGAUUUCGCAAAUUACUGUUACAAAAAACGCGCCUCAACGUGGGAAGAUUACAACCUGUCGCUGAUUCCAAAUGCUGUGGAGCUUCUCAGUAUUUAUUACAAUUCUGUUGAUGAUCUUGAUCUAUCGGUGGGCCUAGCAUUCGAAAAGAAGAUCGAUGAAACACAAACUGGACUGGUUAUGCGAUGUAUCUUAACCGAACAAUUCCUGCGCACACGUAGAGGGGAUCGUUACUUCUACGAAAAUGGACAAGCGGCUGUCGGAUUUACGGUCGGGCAGCUGCGGGAGAUUCGUAAAGCAAAUAUUGCUCGAAUUUUGUGUGACACUUCGACAGAUGUGCAGCAGAUGCAAUCCGCAGCAUUCCUGUUACCGUCCAGAACUAAUCCUCUUGGUCCAUGUAGUGCACUUCCCACACCAGAUCUCAAGAUUUUCACUUAG